AUGAUCCACAUCACGUCGUUGUCCACGUCAUGUUUGGAUGGUCUAGCUUCACUGGGUGAGACCACUGCCGCUGUUUCUUUCGAUCAUGUGGUCAAGACAUUUAAACAGGUUCUGCGUCCCGGUUUCAAAACCUUCACCUUUAUAAAGCUCGAGGGUCUGAACAAUUACGAUGCUUGGUUAUAUGACUUGAAGAAGUGGUUAGCAUUCGAAGAUGAUUUCAUCUCAAAGAAGCUCUCCUAUGAUGCCAUUGAUCCCCUGGUGAAAGAGUAUUACUCCAAACUCAAGGAAGAUGAGCUCCGCGAAUUGAUAACUCAGAUCAACUACUAUCUAUGUGCCCACAUCAAGAAAUGCGUUGAUACUUCUAAAGUCGCGACUAACUUCAAUAACUUUCAUGAGUUGUGGAAAGAAAUCAAACGUGUUGGUGAAACGGAUAUUAUUGGACGUCAGAUCGCUGAACUCAAGUCUAACUAUAAGGCGUUUAGAUCCUAUGAAGACCACAAAAGACAUUGCAACAUCUAUCCUGAAACCAAUGACUGGAAAAUCCAUUGGAUGGCUUUUAUGUUCAAUCCAUUCAAAGUCUCUGAAAAUUCCUUGAGGAAACUCUUCAUUUCCUUCAAUUAUACGACGAUUGACAAAGACUUCCAGAAUGCCGUCAAGUUGGAGGAGGUUCCAGGUCUUACGUCUGACAGAAUCAUUGAAGAGUUGAGGGAUCACUGUGAACGUGAACUUGACCUUAAGCAUGAUGAACGUUGGAAGUCAAAUGGUCAAAAUCGCAAGAAUCAUUACAAACAUGGCAAGAAGGCAAACCCCAAGAAUGACAAGUCCUCAAAUGGUAAGGUUCCUAGAUCGCCUGGUAAGCCUGCCAAAACAUCGUCGAUGUUUGCCGAGUGUAGCCUUUACUGGAUUCCUGGGGCGGAUGUUCAAACUGUGGAGGACUUACGUUAUCUCCAAGAGUAUGAGGAUGAAAUUAUUGAUGUAGAGGGAUCCGAGGGCCACAUCACUGAAACAUUUGCAAAAGGUACCAUCAAAAUCCUUCCUCACUGCUAA